AUGGAUACAGCACAGUCUUCCCAGAAAACAGCACCACUAAGUUGUUGUGUUCAUGGCAUUGUCAAAAAGCCAUCUUUGACAAGCUGGGGAUAUCUUGGUGCCAAAGAAGACAAAAGGAGACGUGCAAUCGAAGGAUGGAUAAAAGUGUUAUUCACUCAAUCUAACAAAGUGGAGUUCUUUAAAGCCAAGAGUAAACUCCUUGCACUGCUUCCCAGUACCGGACCGAGCAUCGAGGCUGUGCAAGUUUCGACGACUAUUUUCGCCGUUACUAUCUCACACGCCAAGAACAGAGGCUCUCAGGAAGCAGCUCUUGUGCCAAGGACUGUCUGUCGCAAUCGAAGUCGCCGUACAUUACGCGAAGUCACACAAGGAAUAGACAACUUUCACACGGGAGAUAUCGAUGCAGAUGAGCUCAACAUGUGCAUCGUGUGCGAAGACACUCAACCACCAUUGGACGACCCUGCUGAUGAAGAC